UUUUUGAAAUCAACGUUUGGCCGGUAGAGCGGAUGGCUUUUAACCAUGUGGUGUGGAGAGUUCGGUUCCCAAUUUUUUUAUCCAUCCGAUCGCAAAUCUGCAUUUUGUAAUCGUCUGUUCACCUCGCGUUGUGGGCCAUUUUCCGUGAACAAGCUUCUCUAAAGUCUAAUCCAAUCCAUGGUCAUGGAUGCUACUCUACAAAUCAACCGGUGUUCCCCUGAGCAGGACAGACUCCACUGCCCAUCUAUGAAAGACGCCAUCACAACUCACAAAUCAGAAUAUCCAGCAGCUUUUUAAGUGUUCUUCUUCUUCUUCUUCUUCUUCUUCUUCUUCGAAGGCCAACGCCGAACAGGGAAGAACUGAAGAACUCAAAUACCCAGAAAAUAAAUUUGAAAGGAGACGCAAGAAUGUUGGAGAGGCUAGUCCUCUUCCCUUCCCGUUCUUGCUUAGUUUCUUCUACGAAGCAGGAUAUCCCUUCUUUUCAUCUUCUCUCUUCAGUCUCUUCCUCCUCUUUUUGCAGAAAGGCUCUGCUCUCCUCUCCCUUUCGACAACCCAAGAAGCAGACAACCUGGACGGCUCUCUGCGCAAGCUAUGAAGUUGGUGGAGGCUACCCAGAUGAGGAUGUUUCCUUGAAAACCAGAGCACGUGAACAAGGAGACCAGAAAUGGGACCCUUCAGACUACGAGGCCCUCCUUAAAGGAGGCGAACAGGUCGCUUCUGUGCUAGAGGAAAUGGUCAAAUUGUUGGAGGAUAUGAACAUGGAUGAGGCAUCAGAGGAGAUGGCGGUGGAGUUAGCUGCACAAGGAGUCAUUGGGAAGAGAGUUGAUGAGAUGGAGAGUGGGUUUAUGAUGGCUCUUGAUUACAUGAUCCAACUUGCUGAAAAGGAUGAAGAUGAUCAACGCAAGUCUCUUUUGGAGGUUAUCAAGCAGACAGUGUUAUCCCAUCUUACAAAAAAGUGUCCUCCACAUGUACAAGUGAUUGGUCUACUUUGUAGAACUCCUCAGAAAGAAAGCCGGCAUGAGUUAUUGCGUCGAGUGGCUGCAGGUGGUGGUGUUUUUAAAAGUGAGAAUGGCACAAAAGUUCAUCUUCCAGGGGCAAAUCUAAAUGAUAUAGCCAACCAGGCUGAUGAUCUACUAGAGACAAUGGAAUCUAGGCCAACUGUUCCUGAUCGGAAGCUACUUGCAAGGCUUGUAUUGAUCAGAGAAGAAGCUCGCAAUAUGGUGGGGGGUGGAAUACUGGAUGAAAGAAAUGAUCGAGGUUUAAGUACUCUUCCUGAAGCAGAGGUGAACUUCUUGUCCAAGCUGGUUGCUAUGAGACCUGGAAAAACUGUCCAGGAGAUGAUAAAAAAUGUUAUGCAAGGAAAAAAUGAAGGUGCAGACAGCUUAGUUAAUGGUGAGGAAAAUGCUGAUAGACAGACAGCAAGUGGAAUUGCAGGAAGGGCUAGCAUUACAGGACGUAAACCACUUCCUGUACGUCCUGGCAUGUUUCUUGAAACUGUUUCCAAGGUACUGGGUGGUAUUUAUUCUGGAAAUGUAUCUGGCAUUACAGCUCAACAUCUAGAAUGGGUCCAUCAGAAGACGCUUCAAGUUCUACAGGAAAUAGCAUUUUAGUUUUCUAUGGUGGACACCAAUGUCUCACGAUAAUGCUAAGCAAUUUUUGAUCAACUAGUUUCCUUGAAAAAGAAGAGAUCUAUAGGAUGCCGGGAAUUCCUGAUCAAUUUUCUUUGUCAGUGAAAUUCAAGUUGACUUGUAUAUAUGAAAAAUAGAGGAGCAUCUCAUUUGGGUAACUGAAACAUAUCUUCAAUUUCAGAGUUCAGUUUUCCAAAUAUUA